CGGGUCGCUUUAUUUUCAGUUUCCGCUCGCCUCAUCUCGCCCACCGAACAAAGCUGUUGGGGAGAGCCGUGGAACUUCGGCGGAGAUCAGUCAUCGCCGGCCGGCGGGGGCGGAUAGCACGGGGGUGCUGGUUAAUUUGGUGCAACUUCAGAGAGCUCCCUAUUUUGUUCCAAUCGCGCUCCUCGGGAACAGAGUUCUCCAAAUCUUGGUUUCUUUGUUUACUAGAAUAGAGUAAUUUCUGCCCACCAUCCGAUGGACAUGAACAAAGGCACUGGUUCUGGUUGUGCUGAGGACAAUGUUGAGACUGGGAAUUAUGCAAACUCUAGCCAGAACCCUGAGACCCUUGACAAUCAAAGUUUGCCGUACACAUCUCAAUCACUGGAAAAUAACACAGGCCAAAGGAAAAAUUAUAAAAGGACAGCUAACAGGGGAAGGAAAGGCUACCGAGUAUUGGCUGAUAGAAAUUAUCCUUUAAGGUCAUCUGAUUGCGAUACUACUGUCAGGGUUCUACGUUCUAGGUCAGCUGCAAACAAGCCACCUAGUGACUCUGCGCACACUCUAGUACACUCAGCUGCAAAUAAGUUUCCCAGUGACUCUGUGCACACUCUAGUACAACCAGCUGCUAAAAGAAUAAAAAGGGGUAGACCCACAAAGAAAGGCCCGAACAACGAGUUCUCGAAAAUUCGUCAGCGAGUUAGAUAUAUUUUGAAUCGGAUGAACUAUGAGCAAAGUCUGCUUGAAGCAUAUGCCAAUGAAGGCUGGAAAAGGCAAAGUUUGGAAAAGAUAAGGCCGGAGAAGGAGCUUGAACGAGCCAAGGAGGAAAUUGUGCGCUGCAAAUUAAGAAUAAGAGAAGCCUUCCAGAAUCUUGAUUCUCUUCUGUCGAUGGGGAAGCUUGAUGAAUCUUUAUUUGAUAAUGAAGGAAAGAUAUCUUGUGAAGAUAUUAUUUGUGCCACUUGUAGUUCGCAGUACGUUACUUUGAAUAAUGACAUCAUCCUCUGUGACGGAGUCUGCGACAGAGGGUUCCACCAGAAAUGUUUAAACCCUCCACUACUGACUAAAGAUAUCCCUGCGGGAGAUGAAGGAUGGCUUUGCCCUGCAUGUGAUUGCAAGAUCGAUUGUAUUGAUGUAAUAAAUGAACUACAAGGGACCAAUCUUUCCAUCAGCGACUCUUGGGAGAAAGUUUUUCCUGAGACAGCUGCUUUGGCACAUGGAACUAUACCAAAAGAUGCGUUUGAUCUUCCAUCAGAAGAUUCAGAAGACAGUGACUUCGACCCUAAUAUAGCCGAAGAACAUGUGACUGGUCAUGAAGAAGGAUCGUCAGAAGAGGAUGAGGAUGAAGGUUCAGACUCUGAUGACUCAAAUUUUGUCACAACUUGUGACAAUUCAGAACAUUUAAAGGAGAAAGAGAAAGUUGAUGACCUUGGAUUACCUUCUGAGGACUCAGAAGAUGAUGAUUAUGAUCCAGCAGGUCCUGAUUCAGAUAAAGAUAUCAAAGAGAAGCAAGAUGAGUCAGACUUUACAUCAGACUCUGAUGAUUUCUGUGCUGAGAUUGCCAAGUCUUGUGGGCGGGAUGAAGUUUCAUCAGGUGCUAAGGUUGGUGAUCCUACUAAUGACUUGGAAGGAGCCACUGCUUGUUCUAACACAGCAAUUCCCAACCUCACAUCCAAUGACCUUGAAAUCGACCAAGAUGAGGUUUUACCAGUUUUAGGUAGACGGCAGGGUCAACGGUUGGACUACAAAAAACUGUAUGAUGAUGCUUAUGGGGAAGCACCAUCUGAUUCAAGUGAUGGUGAAGAGUGGUCAGGGAAGAGCACAUCCGAAAAGGGCGAUGAAGAACGGAAUGAAGUGGAUUCAUUUUUACGGAAAAGCUCCAGAGGAACAGGGACUGUGCAGCAGAGUAAUGAUUUCCUUCCACAAAGUGCUCGACAAAGCUUGGAUCCAGAUGGUUUAGUGAAUGGGCAACAUCCAGGAAAGCUUACCUCUGAUGUCAGCAACAAUAAAACUAAUAGAAAACCUUUGAAUAACAAAGAGGAAGUUGAUGACCUUGGAUUGCCUUCGGAGGACUCUGAGGAUGAUGACUAUGAUCCAGCAGGUCCUGAUUCUGAUAAAGAUAUCGAGAAGAAGCAGUCAAGUUCAAAUGAGUCAGACUAUUCGUCUGCCUCUGAUGAUUUCUGUGGCGAGAUUGCGAAGUCCUGUGGCCGGGAGGGAGUUCCGUCAGGUGCUAAAGCAGGUGGACACCCUACCAAUGACUUGGAAGGAACCACUGUUCGGACUAAUGCAGCCAUUUCUAAUCUCCCUUCCAAGGAUUCUCAAAUGGACCAAGAUGUGGUUUCACCAGUUUCAGGGCGACGGCAGGAUCAAUCUUUGGACUGCAAAAAACUGUAUGAUGAGGCCUGCCGGGAAGCAUCAUCUGAUUCGAGUGAUGGGGAAGAUUGGUCUGGGAAAUGCACACCUGAAAAGGACAGUGAGAAGCAAAGCGAUACAUGCAGAAGAACAGGGGCUGUGCGCCAGAGUAAUGGAUCCACUCCAGACAAUGCUCGACAAAGCUUGCAUCGCACGAAUGGGCAACACACAGAAGAGCUGCUUACUUCUGAUGGGAGCAGUAGUACAGUCCACAGAAGACAAUUUGGGCCAAUAAUUUAUCAGAGGCUACAUGAGCAUUUUAAAACAGAUCAAUAUCCUAAACGUGCUGUUAAAGAAAGUUUAGCAAAUGAACUAGGUCUGACAUUCCAGCAGGUUAGCAAAUGGUUUGAGACGAGACGGUAUAAAACAAGAAUAGCUGCUAAAAAAAAUGAUAGUUGUGUAAAAAACCAUAGCAUCAAGGAAAAUCAGAGCUCAGUUGCAGCUCACAUUGAAGCGACAGACCCCAAGGACUUGGGGAAAAAACUCAAUGUAUGCAAAAAUGGUGCUGCAAAUGAUGUUAUGGCAUCUGGAAUUCUGAACGGAGGUAUCAAACAAGAUAGUCCACUGAAACAAGAUACCAGUGGUGGGCUGGGAACACAUGUCAGUCCUCCAGGUAGCAGUCCGAAAGGUGAUCCGAUAGAGAAUCAUGGAAAUAAUACCUCCUCAAGAUGUGUUGGAAAGCCAAAAGAUGGCUAUACAGGGAAUGUGGUUCUGGCGCUACCAGUUGUAGAUGAUAGAACAAAAGAGGCAGCAAUGCGGGAGCUAAAGAAGAGGAAAACUGGCAGCUGAUGUUUCUAGAUAAAGAAUUCAAACGCUUGCUAUGCAUAGCAUAACGUUGUGUGUCAAGUCUCAAGUUUCAGGUAGAUGCAACAAAAAAGUGCUGGGAUUUAUCUAUCAGCAGUCGCACCCAAUUUCCCAGUGUCAGAUUUUUGUUGGGUACAUUCAAGGAGUUUUUCAUUGUAAAUGUUUACAGCAACCAGCAGUAAUAUUCUGGUGGGGAAGGGUUAAAUCCUUUACCCGCAUGGUGAAUGUGUUGCGACCACAGGAAGUUUGGUUUGACAAAUGGAUUCCUGCUGAAAAUUUGUUUAUUCCUUGAAAUGUGCAGUGAUAAAACUGAAAAUCUGGAAGUUUCGCAACAGACAAAGCUGUUCUCACCUUGAACAUGCUGUGAAAUCAGGCUCCUGUACCAUCAUGGAUUGUGUACUUGUGUCAUUUCAUGUUUACCUAUCAGCUUAUCAUGCAUGUGCAUUUUUUACAGUAGAGUUGAACUCCUUCAUACAUGUUGUGAUGGUCAUGAUGAGUAUAUUUUCUUGUUAAA